AUGGCGGUGGCUGUGGCUGUGGCGGGAGCAGUAACCGGGAUGGAGCUGGGCCCCGCGGAAGAGCUCGCCAAACUCGAAUAUCUGUCUUUGGUGUCGAAGGUUUGCACCGAGCUGGACAAUCACUUGGGGAUCAACGACAAGGAUCUGGCUGAGUUUGUGAUCAGUCUUGCUGAGAAAAAUACCACCUUUGAUACUUUUAAGGCUUCUCUGGUCAAAAAUGGUGCAGAAUUCACGGAUUCUCUCAUUAGUAACUUGCUGCGUCUCAUACAAACCAUGCGGCCUCCAGCAAAGCCUUCCACUAGCAAAGAUCCAGUUGUUAAACCCAAAACUGAAAAAGAAAAGCUGAAGGAACUCUUCCCAGUCCUUUGCCAACCAGACAACCCUUCUGUGCGGACCAUGCUGGACGAGGAUGAUGUGAAAGUUGCCGUGGAUGUCCUCAAAGAGCUGGAGGCCUUGAUGCCAAGUGCAGCAGGCCAGGAGCGGCACAGAGACACCGAGCACCGGGACAAGACGAAGAAGAAGAAGCGGAGUCGAGAGCGAGACCGCGACCGCGAUCGUGAGCGCGAUAGAGACCACAAGCGGAGACACCGGUCCCGCUCACGUUCCCGGACCCGGGAGAGGAAUAAGGGGAAGUCUAGGUAUCGGUCCAGGAGCAGAAGUCAGAGUCCCCCCAGAGACCGGAAGGACCGAGACAAGUACGGGGAGAGGAAUCUGGACAGAUGGCGGGAUAAGCAUGUGGACCGCCCUCCCCCCGAAGAGCCCGCCAUCGGGGACAUUUACAACGGCAAGGUCACCAGCAUCAUGCAGUUUGGAUGCUUUGUGCAGCUGGAGGGACUAAGGAAGCGGUGGGAAGGCCUGGUGCACAUUUCUGAGCUCCGGCGGGAAGGCCGUGUGGCCAACGUGGCUGAUGUGGUGAGCAAAGGCCAGAGGGUCAAGGUCAAAGUGCUGUCCUUCACCGGGACCAAGACCAGCUUGAGUAUGAAGGACGUGGAUCAGGAGACUGGCGAGGAUCUAAACCCAAAUCGACGCCGGAAUCUGGUUGGGGAGACCAAUGAGGAGACGUCUAUGAGGAAUCCGGACAGACCCACCCACCUCUCCCUCGUCAGCGCCCCCGAAGUAGAAGAUGACUCGCUGGAGCGCAAGCGCCUUACCCGCAUCUCUGACCCAGAGAAGUGGGAGAUCAAGCAGAUGAUUGCUGCCAAUGUCCUUUCUAAAGAAGAGUUUCCAGACUUUGAUGAAGAGACUGGCAUUCUGCCUAAAGUGGAUGAUGAAGAAGAUGAGGACCUUGAGAUCGAACUGGUGGAGGAAUAGCCUCCCUUCCUGAGAGGGCACACCAAGCAGAGCAUGGACAUGAGCCCCAUCAAAAUCGUUAAGAACCCGGAUGGCUCCCUAUCCCAGGCAGCGAUGAUGCAGAGUGCCUUAGCCAAAGAAAGGCGGGAACUCAAGCAGGCCCAGCGGGAAGCCGAGAUGGAUUCUAUUCCCAUGGGACUCAACAAACAUUGGGUUGAUCCUCUGCCUGAUGCGGAAGGCAGGCAGAUUGCUGCUAACAUGCGGGGCAUCGGCAUGAUGCCCAAUGACAUUCCUGAGUGGAAGAAGCAUGCUUUUGGGGGCAACAAAGCUUCUUAUGGAAAAAAGACCCAGAUGUCAAUCAUCGAGCAGAGAGAGAGCCUACCCAUCUACAAACUGAAGGAGCAGCUUGUCCAGGCUGUUCACGAUAACCAGAUCCUGAUUGUUAUUGGAGAAACAGGAUCUGGGAAGACAACGCAGAUCACCCAGUACCUGGCGGAGGCGGGCUACACCUCCAGGGGCAAGAUUGGAUGUACCCAGCCCAGAAGGGUAGCAGCCAUGUCAGUGGCCAAAAGAGUGUCGGAGGAGUUUGGUUGUUGCUUAGGCCAGGAGGUGGGCUACACCAUUCGAUUUGAGGACUGCACCAGCCCCGAAACAGUCAUCAAGUACAUGACCGACGGGAUGCUGCUCCGAGAGUGCCUGAUUGACCCCGACCUCACCCAGUAUGCGAUCAUCAUGUUGGACGAGGCCCACGAGAGAACAAUUCACACUGACGUGCUCUUUGGGUUGUUGAAAAAGACGGUUCAGAAACGGCAGGACAUGAAGCUGAUCGUCACCUCAGCCACCUUGGAUGCAGUGAAGUUUUCCCAGUACUUCUAUGAAGCGCCCAUCUUCACCAUCCCAGGUCGAACAUACCCUGUGGAAAUCUUGUACACAAAGGAGCCCGAGACAGAUUAUCUGGAUGCCAGCUUGAUCACUGUCAUGCAGAUCCAUUUAACGGAGCCACCAGGUGAUAUCCUGGUCUUCCUGACGGGUCAGGAAGAGAUCGAUACCGCCUGCGAGAUCCUGUAUGAACGAAUGAAAUCCCUGGGACCCGACGUUCCGGAGUUGAUCAUCCUCCCGGUGUACUCCGCUCUUCCCAGUGAGAUGCAGACCCGAAUCUUUGACCCAGCGCCACCUGGCAGCAGAAAGGUUGUGAUUGCCACCAACAUUGCAGAGACGUCACUGACUAUCGAUGGCAUUUACUAUGUGGUGGACCCUGGAUUCGUGAAGCAGAAGGUCUACAAUUCCAAGACAGGGAUCGACCAGCUCGUGGUGACUCCUAUUUCUCAGGCUCAGGCAAAACAGCGAGCUGGCAGAGCUGGGAGAACAGGCCCAGGGAAGUGUUAUAGGCUGUACACAGAACGUGCCUACCGAGACGAAAUGCUGACCACCAAUGUGCCGGAAAUCCAGAGAACCAACCUGGCAAGCACAGUGCUCUCGCUCAAGGCCAUGGGCAUCAAUGACCUGCUGUCCUUUGACUUCAUGGAUGCCCCCCCGAUGGAAACCUUGAUCACAGCCAUGGAGCAGCUGUACACGCUGGGGGCCCUGGACGACGAGGGCCUACUUACUCGACUGGGCCGCAGGAUGGCGGAGUUCCCUCUGGAGCCAAUGCUGUGCAAAAUGCUGAUCAUGUCUGUGCAUCUCGGCUGCAGUGAGGAAAUGCUGACCAUUGUGUCCAUGCUGUCUGUGCAGAACGUCUUCUACAGGCCCAAGGAUAAACAAGCCCUUGCAGAUCAGAAGAAGGCGAAAUUCCACCAGACUGAAGGGGACCACCUCACCCUGCUGGCUGUGUACAACUCCUGGAAGAAUAACAAGUUCUCCAACCCCUGGUGCUACGAGAACUUCAUCCAGGCGCGUUCUCUGCGCCGGGCCCAGGACAUUCGCAAGCAGAUGUUAGGCAUAAUGGACAGACACAAGCUGGACGUGGUCUCCUGUGGUAAGUCCACCGUCCGAGUGCAGAAGGCCAUCUGCAGUGGGUUCUUCCGGAACGCUGCCAAGAAAGACCCACAGGAAGGUUACCGGACCCUGAUUGACCAGCAGGUGGUCUACAUCCAUCCUUCCAGCGCUCUCUUCAACAGGCAGCCCGAAUGGGUGGUCUACCACGAGCUGGUGCUGACCACAAAGGAGUACAUGCGCGAGGUCACCACCAUCGACCCCCGGUGGCUCGUGGAGUUUGCACCGGCCUUCUUCAAGGUCUCCGACCCGACCAAGCUCAGCAAGCAGAAGAAGCAGCAGCGUCUUGAACCCUUGUACAACCGCUAUGAGGAACCCAAUGCCUGGAGAAUAUCCCGAGCCUUCCGGCGGCGCUGAAAGACAGGCGUCUGUCUGCCUCUCCUGCAGCCGUGGGCCAGGGCUCGGCCUCGCUCUCUUCGAUGCCCGUCCUGAGGAUACAGCUGUCCAGGGACUGGAUAUCUGAACCAGGCAUUUCCUAAACUUGACUCCCAUUUCUUCCCUGGUGGUGAAAAUAGAAACAGGGAUUUACGCCUGGUUUGACCAGAGCCUCCAGGCUGCACCCCCCAAGGCGCUGGGCCAGAGGGGCUCACAGCCAACGUGGGGGCCCACUGCAUCACCUGCAAGAAGGAGGCAACUUCUGGAACCCUAGGAUGGGAAAGGGGAGUCAGGGCAUCUGACUCCUGGACUCGGGGAGGCCCUGAGGCCCUGGCCGGCAUCUCUCUGGAGGAGGGAGGCAAGAAGCUCUGCGACCGUGUUGGCCCCCUUUCCUGCCCCUGUUCAGCCCCUGUCCUUUUGCUUAACUUCCUAGAAAUAUUUAUUUUCUUAAGGAAACAAAGAUGGUUUUCUAUGGCUGUUUCUUUUAGCUGAAAGGUUAGGGUAUUCUCUUGGGCACCGGGUGGAGAGAUUUGGUAUCCCUGGUUUCAGUGAAGAGUCCCCUGAAACCAGAGCCCAGGGCCUCUUCAGACGGGCAGGUGACCCACGGCCAGACCCCCAGCCUCAUUUCGCAGCAGCGGUGCUGCUCCGGCUCUGCUGUGGGCGACCCCGUGACGAGCCGCAUUCACCGCACAGGCGCCUGAGUGGUUACACAUGCUGCCUGCUCAAUACAGAGCCUCUCCCUGGCGCCCUCUCCCACCGCCGCGCUCACGACGUGCAGCGUGUCCUCUUUCCUUUGGAAACAUGCAAGGAAGAACACAACUUUCAGUUUAUUUUGUUUUUAUUUUUAUUCCUCCGAGGUCUUUAACAAAGGGUGUUUUGGUCAAAACCUCCCUUCUUCUGCCCCAAACUGAAAAGCAACCUAACACCUCUCAGAGCCGAGCUGGUUUGUGGCGCCCAGCGUCUCUGCUCCCUGCCUCGUGCUUCUUGUUUUCUCUGAGCAUCUUGCUGGGGAUGGCCACCUCCGAGUGCCCCUCUCACAUUUCCUGAGAAGGCUCUGGGACAUCAGGCAGUUGCUGCCAGGCCAGACUGUGGAACUUCUGGAAAGGUGGUCUUGUGGGGUUAUUGGGCUCAUCCUGUGUUAUGGCCCAAACUGCCUCUCACCUCCCCCCAAGUAAGUUGGGAAAUGAUGUGAACGGCGGAGGUACUGAGCGAUGGCGCGCUGGACACGGGGGGAGGCUGGAGGACAUACGAGGAUGUGCGGGAAAGUCAUCUGUCAUCGGGCAGCAAACCAGCCCCUCCAGAGACAUCAUUCUGCAACGACCUGGCAGAGUCUGCUGACUGUAGGGCCCCACCCCUCUAUAGAGCGCAGCGAGCGCCUGCCGUUCUGGGUGCGCCUCUCAGGAAGUCCAGGCCAGCAGUUGAGCGCAGGUCUUUACAUGCUAACCUUUAAGGCCUUGGUGGGGAGAGACAGGGCAGGUGCCGACAGAGGAAACUGAGCGGAAAACGGGCUGGGUACCCAGCUCCCCAGUCUUUUAUUUUUUUGGCUGUGCCCGUGGCAAGUGGACAUUCCUGGGCCAGGGAUUGAACCCGAGCCACAGCAGUGACAAUGCUGAGCUCUUAACCGCUAGGCCACCAGGGAACUCCCCAGCUCCCGAGUCGUAAUUCCAGUCCAGGUCUCUCCAGUUUAGGAAUAAACUCUGGGCUUGGUUGGCAGCCUGCCCAUCUCAGCUGAGUGACUGGCACCAAUGGCCCUGGCACCCCUGGGGUCAUCACCCCCAAGGAGGGAGGUUUGGGGUUUAAGCUGAAGUUGAGAAGUGGAUGUUUAACAAGCCAAGGAUGAGAGACCAGCUGGCUGGUCCUCUUCCUAGGUUAUGAAAAAAGCAAAAAGAAGGACCCCAGCCCUGCAGGUGUUCCUUGAACACCUCCCCCAAGACCUGGGGUCACUUUUCUGCCAUGACAACAUGGCUGGGGCCUGACCUUUUGACUGUCCAUCAGGAAACAGCAGGCAGGCAGUAUUGCCGAGCCUGCUCCAGGGAGAAGGGGGCUCCGGGCCAGAUUGGGAAGGACUCGCCUGCUGCUCCUACACAAUGGGCCCUUGUUUCUCUUCCUUGAACCAAUAUUUCCGAGGUUGAGCGACAGCCCAGGAGAGGAUGUGGGUCUUCGUGCAGGGAGCUGGAAUCUUCUCGCCCAUUUAAAGUGUUCACCCCAUCCCUGCGGGAGCCUGGCUCAGGACUUUCCUGCCCUGCCCCUGUGCUGAGUCUGCGCUUGUCUGUGUGUCGGGGAACCAUCCCCACAGGGUACGUGUAAGCCCUGCUGCUGGGUCAGGUGCCUGGGCCCACGGUUCACCUUCAUUGUCUGGAGCACGAUGUGGCUUUGGCUUCUCUCCUUCAGCCAGAGACUUCUCUCUGGUGGUUGCAGUCGUGGUAGCAUCUUUUCUCCUGAGCAGUGCACUCCAAGUAUGAGAAUUUGAACAGAGCCGUGAGGAUGGCUUGUUAAGAGCAUUUCAGAGGGCACUGGGCACAUGCCUCAGCCCGUGGAAACCUUUUCGAGAAGGCUGCUUCUCCUAAAUCCCUGCGCACCUCAUGCGCACGUACUGGGGGCCUCAGGGUUUCCACUCGACCGUUCACCCUUCUCACCAUGAUACCUUGGUUUUUGUGUACAAAUAAAUCGUAUAUUUUUGUUUCCUAACA